CCGUUUCCCACAAUCCCUUGCAGCCAAAUAGUGUCCAGUCAUUGCGGCUCAGUGAUCGCUCACACCUUACCCCGAAAAACCCUCCGAAACUCACCCCCAACAACCCGAGCGGCCACCUCGCUACACCUUCGCGCCCCAGCAUGAAGGAGACUGCGGCCAAGCGCCGGGACAAGGCCGGAGGCCGGGACCGGGACCGGGACUCCAAGUCCAAGGAGCAGAAGGAGAAGGAGCAGAAGGAGCCGGGCCCGGAGCCGCAGGACGUGGAGAUGACGGAGGAGGAGGCUGCUAACGCCGCCAAGCAACCCAAGGAGCAGGACAGCCUCACCCUGGAGGACAUUAAGGAGCAUGUGAAGCAGAUUGAGAAGGCGGUGUCGGGGAAGGAGCCUCGCUUCGUGUUGAGGGCGCUGCGAGCGUUGCCGUCCACCAGCCGCCGCCUCAAUGCCAAUGUGCUACACAAAGCCGUCUGCGGCUUCUUCACCAACAACACCAGCACCAAAGACUUCCUGCUGGGUUUCCUGGAGGAGCCCAUGGAGAUGUCUGAAGGAGAGGUUCAGUUUCGACCCCGGACAGGAAAGUCUGCGUCCGCUCCUCUGCUGCCGGAGGUGGAAUCGUACCUGCAGCUGCUGCUGGUGGUUCAUCUGACCAACAACAAGAGAUACACAGAGGCUCAGAAAGUUUCAGACGACCUGCUGCAGAAGAUCGGCUCCAAGAACCGCAGAGCUCUGGAUCUGGUCGCUGCCAAGUGUUAUUACUACCACGCCAGAGUGUACGAGUUCCUCAACCAGUUUGACACCAUCCGCAGUUUCCUCCACACUCGCCUUCGUACGGCGACUCUGCGUCACGACGCCGACGGUCAGGCCGUCCUGCUCAACCUGCUGCUCAGGAACUACCUGCACUUCAACCUGUACGACCAGGCCGAGAAGCUGGUGUCCAAGUCGGUGUUCCCCGAGCUCGCCAACAACAACGAGUGGGCCCGGUACCUCUACUACACAGGUCGCAUUAAGGCCAUCCAGCUGGAGUACUCCGAGGCUCGCAGGACUCUGACCAACGCUCUGAGGAAAGCUCCUCAACACACCGCCGUGGGGUUCAAGCAAACGGUCCAUAAGCUGCUGAUCGUGGUGGAGCUGCUGCUGGGAGAGAUUCCCGACAGGCUUCAGUUCAGACAGCCGUCGCUCAAACGCUCCCUGAUGCCGUACUUCCUGCUCACUCAGGCGGUCCGAACGGGAAACCUGGCCAAGUUCAACCAGGUGUUGGAGCAGUUUGGAGAGAAGUUUCAGACCGACGGGACGUACACUCUCAUCAUCCGCCUGAGACACAACGUCAUCAAGACCGGUGUGCGUAUGAUCAGCCUGUCGUACUCUCGUAUUUCUCUGGCCGACAUCGCUCAGAAACUGCAGCUCGACAGCCCCGAGGACGCCGAGUUUAUUGUUGCCAAGGCGAUCCGUGACGGCGUCAUCGAGGCGAGCAUCAACCACGAGAAGGGCUUCGUCCAGUCCAAAGAGACCAUGGACAUCUACGGGACCCGGGAGCCGCAGCUGGCCUUCCACCAGAGAAUCUCCUUCUGCCUGGACAUCCACAACAUGUCUGUGAAGGCCAUGAGGUUCCCACCGAAAGCUUACAACAAGGACCUGGAGUCAGCCGAGGAGCGUCGGGAGCGCGAGCAGCAGGAUCUGGAGUUCGCUAAAGAAAUGGCUGAAGACGAUGACGACAGCUUCCCAUGAGCCUUUCCACAGCGUGUGUGUGUGAGUGCGUGCAUGUGUGUGAGUGUGUUUGGACUGAUCCUAGUGGAUCAGUUGUUACCCACAAGCUCUCCUGUCUAUUUCCCUCCUCCGUUGUUGUUUCUCCCUCAGAUGAAUAAAGACUUUUUUUGUUAACUCUU